AUGUCUUUAAGUAGUGGUAAAUCUUGGGAUAGAACUUGUAAAUAUUAUAACAGCGUUCAUUAUCCCAAUUAUUAGCUUUAAAGAAUUGAGACAUUGCAUGAUAAUGGAAUAGUGCAUAGAGAUCUAAAGCCUAAAAAUAUAAUGAUCAAUCAUUCGGUUAACGAAAUUGUCUUGAUAGAUUUCGGUCUAUCAAAUAAAUACAUGAGUUAAUAUCAAACGCAUAUUCCCAAUAAAAGUACCAAGAAAAUACUUGGAACUCCUUUAUACGCAUCAAAUAAUGCCCUCUUAGGAAAAGGAACUCUACCCUGGAAAGGUCUGUUAAAUCUAGACUUUUUAAAAUCAGAAACUGCCAAAUAUAAGAUUUAUGCUUGGAGAGAUCCAGAGGGAGAACUUUGCCAGAAUAUAGAUCCUGAGUUUAAAGAAAUUCUAGAGUAUGCAUAAAAAUUGGAAUUUGAUGAGGAGCCGGAUUACGAAUAUAUUGAAAGUCUAUUGAUUUCCAUUAAAGAAAGAAAUAAUUUUGAUGAUUAUGUGAAAUGGGAUAAUGUACAUCUGAUUUCUAAUGAUGCUACAAAAAUAAACAUAAUUGUUAACUAAAUUUCUGCUAAGAUCGAUCAUAACACAUAGACAUAAGAUAUAAUAUCCGCUAACUUGACAGCAAAAGAAUUAUAGCAUACUUUUAAGGAUCAAUUGAGUAAUGGCCAUAAAAAAAAAAUAAGGCAUGUAAAACGGUUAAAAAAAGGUGUAAGUCAGACAUCUAAGAUAGAAUUCAAUGAAAGUGGGACAAAAAUGUUGCCUAAAAGUAAAAAAAGCAACACUCGAAAGAAGUAGAAGCAUUCUUAAAAGCAAAUUCUAUAAGCGAUAAACAAUGAAGUAGAAAUAAAUGCUAAUUCAAACAAUUACCAAUAAAAUGAGAUUGAUUACAAUCCAAAAGGAUCAGUAUUUUCGAAUGAAAAAUUUUAGAGUGACGAUCCAAAGUUGAACUAAAGUAAUUAGAGUCUCGAUGAAAAUUCUAUCGAGGAUAUACCUUCUGAGAAUGCUGAAUAUGACUAGUUCAUUAAUGAUGUAAACAAGAACUGUAUGAAUCUUGAAGUCGAAAUAAAGGAGAAAUAUUGGGAUUAAGAAAGUCUUGAGGAGGGUGCAUUGAGAAUAAAAGAUGUACCCGAUUUCAACUGCAAGCGAAAUAAAUUAUCAAGAAAAAGUCAAAUAUAUCUAUCAAUAGAUAAAUCUCCAUUAAGAUUAAAUAAACUCAAAUCUUGUACAAAUAUAGAAAAGAUUAAAGCCAGCAGUAAUAGAAUCAAAGAGGCUGCUCCAGAUAUUUGA